CCGCACGGGAAAGGAGAGCUGGGAGGGUGAUUAUGAUGAUGAUGAUGUGAUCCAAUACGGGUGGACUUGCUCUUAAAAGCGGCUGUCACUUUGACUGUGUUCACAACAGUGUCGUCGUGGGAACGGUGGCGCAAAAAAAAAGCCGAAGCUGUCCAAAGCGGUCUCUCUCUCCUGUGUUUUCCCUGUCAGUCAUGAUGUCUGUCCAAACUCCUCCCCUGUCUCGUUCUGGCUCCUCCCCCUCCAAUGUGGGAUUGGCCAACCGCAGCGGCCCUUCCACUAACCCUCCCACCUCCCUCAGCCUACGCUCCUCCUACAACCAGCUGCUGGGACGUGAUGUCAUCAAGGAGUCGGUAGACCUGGAAACUGGAGGUUCAGCCACCUUGCCAAAGAGUCGUCAGAGAUACGCCAUGACCAGUGUGAGAAGUGCCAUGGGGCUUUGUGACAACCUAGCACAGCCUCCCAAAAACCAAUCCUCAACCAGAGGGAGAGGCCUCCCUACCAAGUCCUCCUCCAGCUCCGCUCUCUACUCUUCCUCCUCCUCUUCUCCCUUCAAUACAACCAACCCCAAACUGGCCAAGAAUGGAGCCAACAUGCAGAGACGGGCAGAGAGCCAACAGCUUGAACUGAGCAAGGCCAUCACAGAGGGCAAAAGUCACAAUGACAUCAUCAGUAUUGCUCGCUCUGAUUGGCUCGAUAGGGGGAAAGACAACUCACAGUUGCCCCCGUUCCGCAGAAGGACCAAGAGCUUCCUGGGGUGCCAUGAGAAAAGCUUGGAUUUGGACCUCAACUGGGGAAAAAAGGAAGAAAGGGAAGAGAACAAGCUGCAGCUGUCCCCAGAGAAAGAGCAGGCCAGCUCUGCUAAGGAACGGGAGAGCCAGGAGGAGGAGAAGCCCUGCACCAAGCAGCCUUCUCAGGAUGAGAAGGAGGAAGUAGAGGUGGUGAUGGAAGAGGAGGAGGAGGAAGAAGAAGAUGAGCCAACACCGAUCCAGCCCUUACUACCAGUGGUGGUGGAGGCCCCCCUCUCUGCCACCUCUUCAUCUUCUUCCAGCAGCCCAGAAUGGGUGUCAGACAACCACAAACACCUCCAGAACCAGUCACCAGUUCAGAGCAAAGAACAGCUAUGUGGCCAGGUUCAGCAAAGUCCACGUGGGCUGGGUAGCCCAGCGAAGCCAGCCCGGAGUGCCCAGCCCAGGGUGAUCAAAGUGGAGCUGCAUCCAAACAAUGAGAACCAGUUCCUGCAACAGUACCCACCUUCAUCCCCUAAACAGAGCAGAGGUGGGGAGAGAAACACUCCUAUCAGGCCUCAGGCCCCUCCUGCCCCGGCAGACCCUGAUCCAGAACAAGGGGUUCCUAAAGUGGGCUUUAAAAUGGAGCUGGCCCCCGAAACUCCUUCAGAGGAUGAAGACUCCAGCUGGACCACCCUGUCCCAGGAAACACCCUCUCCUCAGACUCCACAGGAGACAGAUGUGUGGGGUGACGGGAACUUGCCACCAGGCUGGCGUAAGGUCUCAGACUCAUCAGAGGUUUAUUUCUGGCAUGUCCCAACUGGCACCACUCAGUACCACCGGCCGGUUGACACUGGCAACCAACACACACUACCCAGCAAUGAGCCCGACCCUGAGCCUGACCCCAACCUGGAGUUGCAGGACUCCCUCAGACCUCCCAGUGAGAGGCCCAGUAGCCUGAUAUCUGACAGCUCCGUGGAGCCUGUCCCCUCUCCCUCUGGCUCAUCCCCAUCCUCUUCCUCCACCCCUUCAAAUGAUAUCACUUUACUUGGACAGGAGGUUAACACCACCUGUACAGCCAGUGAGUUGAAAGAUUACCCAGUGUACCCAGACCCAAGUCUGAAGGCUUUUGAAGGAGCCACCUUACGAUACGCCUCAUUGAAACUGAACCCUCCAGCCCAGCUAGAGACAGUGGACCUCAACAGCACCUGCAAUGACCCAGAGGCUAUGUCAUUCCCAGUGCGCUCUCUGGGCUGGGUGGAGAUGGCGGAGAGGGAUCUCUGUGAGGGGCGUAGCAGUGUGGCAGUUCACCAUUGUAUCAGACAGCUGUCCUACUGCCGGAGAGACAUACGAGACUCUGCUGGCGUCUGGGGGGAGGGCAAAGGCAUGUUGCUGGUUCUUCAGGACCGCAUGCUGACUCUGGUUGACCCUGAUGAUCACAGCCUGCUCCACUCUCAGCCGAUCAGUAGCAUCCGUGUCUGGGGUGUAGGUCGGGACCAUGACAGGGACUUUGCCUAUGUGGCGAGAGACAAAAACACGCGGGUGCUGAAAUGCCACGUGUUCCGGUGUGAUACGCCUGCCGCAGCCAUAGCCACCAGUCUCCACGAAAUCUGCUCCAAGAUUAUGGCUGAAAGGAAGAGUGCCAAGGCUGCAGCUGGCAGCUCCGCCCAGACAGGCUCUGAUGUACCCCUACAAGAGUUUCCCAUGCCAAAGACUGAGCUGGUGCAGAAGUUUCACGUGCUGUACUUGGGCAUGACUUCCGUAUCUCGUCCCAUAGGUAUGGACAUAAUCAAUGGGGCCAUAGAUAGCCUCCUGUCCUCCACAGGCAAAGAGGACUGGACCCCAGUUAUACUCAGUGUUGCUGACGCCACCGUUGCUGUCAUCAAGGAGAAGGAAGAGGAGGAGGAGGUGCUAGUGGAGUGUCGCGUGCGUUUCCUGUCCUUCAUGGGUGUGGGUCGAGAUGUGCACACGUUUGCCUUCAUCAUGGACUCUGGGAACCAGCACUUCCAAUGCCAUGUCUUCUGGUGUGAACCCAACGCAGGCAGUGUGUCAGAAGCUGUGCAAGCAGCAUGUGUGCUGCGGUAUCAGAAGUGUCUGGUGGCUCGCCCCCCAUCCCAGCGUGCUGGCUCCUCCUCCUCACCCUCUCCAGACUCGGUGACACGCCGGGUGACCACCAGUGUAAAGCGCGGUGUCCAGUCUCUCAUAGACACUCUGAAACCCAAGAAACCACCAUCGGAACUUCCCCAGCAAUGACCGUUACCACCGACCACACCUCCCCUCAACUAGCCACCUGGACGCCACUCACACUAUCGUCACGACAACAACACCUUAUCAAUGCCAGCCAUGGUAACCAAGAAUGUACAUACAGUAUAUGUUAAAUAACACCACUGCAGACAAAGGGAAGCAGGCUGGGCCCCUUAGCCUACCUGAUGAUGAAUAUUGAAAAUCAAUGAACUUAUCUGUGUGGAGAAAAGGAAGCUGCAGCAUCCAGAGUUGCUGUCAACUGGUGUCACUGGUUACACUUUGGUCUGAGCGCUGCACUGGUCUAACGGAACCUGUCUGCUGGCUACAUAUAUCCUAAUAUGGAGUUUUAAAUGAGACUUGGCUGAAUUGAUUAUUUUUUGAUCACCUACCUACUACAAACACGUGGAUGUACCCAGAGAAAAUAAUCAAAUCUGUUUAUAACUGGCUAAUUGAAUCACUCAGUGGUUUCCUCAAAUGUUUUUCUUCAUCUUCUUGACUUUUUUUUUUUAAACGUGUCCUUGUCCCAGUAAGAGCUGUUGAACUGUACCAAUUUGUAUGCCAAACUACUGUAGCCAGAGCAGGGCAGGUCUCUAAGGUAUCUUUCUUGCUGACAUGGAGAUGAGACAGCUUAAUGAGAAAAGCCACAAAGGCGAAACAGACAAAGGCAUUGACUAAUCAACACCCUCCAGUUGCUCACUAAACACAGUGGCAACCUUUGACUCCUUUGAUUCCUUAAAAAAAAAGAGAGAGAGAGAGAGAGAAGGGAUCGACAAAACUGCUCUCUCCUUUGAAGAUGAAUGAUGAUUGUAAAAAGUAAUAUGUAAAUGAUUGUAUGGAGGAAGAAAGGGUUUCGUGAUAGAGAUCAUGUGGAUAUGAAGGAGAAGAGCUUUUGGUAUUGGCUAAUGAGAAAAUAUGGAUGUUGGUAUUGCAUGUUAUCUUGAUGGGUUAUGUGUUAUGUUGAUGAGUUAGUAAGGGUCUUGGUUAGAGGAGCGGGUGAACAUGUGAAUAGAUGCUCUCAGCACUAAAGCCAACUCCAACUCAUCCGCGGCUGGAUUUACACAGGUCCAAACGAUCUGAUUUCUAAAGGCCUUAUUCUUUAGUCUGAUCAAAGGUAAAACAUUAUCCUCUAUCUUUUUCACAAAACUAAAUCUUAGGGUAUCAAAUUUAGCUCAUCUCAUUAACAGAAUGAUAUAUUUUUCCAAAGAGGCAGUAACACUAUAUAUAACAAUGAGCAUUUGGCAAAAUAAAAUGAAUGCAAUUUAGGGCUUUGACCUUGUGACAGAUGUGAUGUGCUCUUGGCUAUCUAAACAGUUAAACUACAUAAUGUCUGAGUCUGCCCUGCUUAGACUGCACUGAAAAGAUGUAAUCUGUGCACCAAGUGUUAAAAAAAUGUUCCUAGGUAAAUCCAGCCCAAUAUAACCCCAGUCACAUACAAACAUACACAUGUGUGCAUGCACACAACCACAUACAAACACACACACACACGUACAUACAUACACACUAACAGACACAUGGCAGUAAAAAGUCUGCUGUCACAGCUUUCAGAACGAAAACACUGCUCCUGUGGCCCCGGGCCUCUACCUGCACUUGACAUGAACUCUGUGAAUACGAUCCCAUCCAAGAGAGAAAAACACACACACACAUGCACACACAAUCAAACAGGGAAGGUAAUGUAAUCAUUUCAAUUCUGUUCUUCACUCUUCUCUACACCAUGUAAAUGUAAUCUGUUGUGAGAAUAAAUGCAUUACCAUAAAAA